AAACCGAAGCCAAAGGAAGCAACAAGUUUCCAAGCAGUAAACUUUCAUAUAUUAGCGCGGCAAAUAUAAAAUCAGUACCAUUUGUAUCACGUCACCGCCGUGUCCACACCUCUCCAUUUGUCACUAUUUACAAAAUGGACGCGAUCAAGUCCAACCCCAUUUUGAAUUUCCAUGACAACCAACUCGCGAUAGUUAGGAAAAAUUAUGGUUACGAAGAUGUCAACAAAUUGGUUCAAGAUAUUGAUCAUUUUCAAGAUUGGAUUUCUAAGCAGAAUCAUUUUAAAGUGAAGGAGUUUGAUCGACAGUUCUUGGAGCGCUACAUCAUCUACAACAAGGGGUCAAUUGAGAGAGCAAAGCAGCGCUUUGACAAGUUACUCACCUUCACCACUCUGAUGCCCGAUUAUCUCCAAAACUUUGACAUCAAAAACGAAUUUAAAGCCCUGAGGAACAUAUCGCACAUUUGCGUCCUUCCAAAGCCAACUGAUGACAACUACCGAGUCAUAAUCACGAGUCUCACCGGACAAGACGAUGAUGACUUCCAGCUCAUUUCAUAUUACAGAUAUAUGUUCGUGUUGGGCGAAUAUAUGCUGCACAAUGAUUACUGUUGUGGCUACGAAUUUGUUGGAGACACAAACAAUUUUACAAUGGGAACGGUCAAGAAAAUGAACCCUAUUGUCAUUCACAAAGCCUUGACAUUACUUGUGGAAGCCAUGGGACAAAGAAUGAAGAAACUUCACUUAGUCAGUGGUUCAAAAUUCUUCGACACAAUAUUACUGUUGUUCAAGCAAGGAUUGUCAGCUAAAUUAGCAUCAAGAUUGAUCGUGCAUCCAAAUUAUGAAUCCUUGUAUCAGCAUAUACCUAAAGAAAUGCUACCCUCCAACAUGGGGGGAAAUGAAAGAAGCAUGCAGGAAUUAGAUGGUGUGGUAUUUAAAGAAAUGUGCUCUGAUGUGCAUAUAGCGAAUGUAAAACAUAUGGAGCAAGCCUCCACGGACGAGUCCUGCCGAGUUUCCUCCAAGUUUAACGAGGAAUAUUCUGGAAUGCCGGGAUCCUUCAAGACCUUAUGCGUGGACUACAUGGAAGAAAUAAAAAAAAACCCAGUGUUACUAUUCAAUCCAAAUCAACUUCGCAAUGUAAGAAAACAGCUGAACUAUGAAGAAGUAAAUAAAUUGAUUCAAGACAUAGAUCAUCUUGAUAAUUGGAUAAGACAGCAAACUCAUUUCAGAGUUAAAGAUUUUGAUCGGGAAUUUCUGGAGCGUUUCCUCAUUUAUAACAAGGGAUCCAUUGGGAGAGCGAAGCAAAAAUUUGACAAAUUAUGCACUUUUAAUAAUUUGAUGCCUGAAUUAAUGCAAAAUUACGAUAUUAAAAAUGAAUUCGGAGUUACACUCAAAGUAGCUGACGUCUGCGUCCUCCCUCAACCUGUAGCUGAGAACUAUCGCAUCUUAGUCACUAGACUCACUGGAUAUGAUGACAGCAACUAUAUCCAUAUUAGUUACUUCAGAUAUCUUCACCUAUUAAUUCAAUACAUGCUCCGCAACGAUUAUUGUGUUGGCUACGAAUUAUUAGUUGAUACUAGGAAACUGACGCUAUCAACUAUGAAAAGUAUAAACCCUAUGGCCACACAUAAGGGCAUGACGUUGCUUACUGCCGGAUUGGGACAGCGAAUAAAGAAAAUACAUUUGAUGAGUGGAUCCAAGUUCUUUAACGCAGUCGUCGCGAUUGGAAGACAAAGCAUUUCGGCGAAAUUGUUUCAGAGGAUAAUAAUACAUGAUAGUCUGGAGUCAUUGUAUGAGCAUAUCCCAAAAGAACAACUACCUGUGGACUUUGGAGGGCUUGAGAAGAGCACUAAGGAAUUAAGUGAUCAAAUGUUCAGGGAAAUAAGUUCAGAAGAAAAUAUAGAGAGAGUGAAAUACUUAGAGAAGGCUUCGACAAACGAAUCCUAUCGGAUGUCUUGCAAAUUCAACGAGGAGUAUUCCGGAAUGCCUGGGUCCUUCAAGACCUUGUGUGUGGAUUAGAUUUUAAGGAGAAUUACUGCAGUAAGAUUUGGACUUAUACGUGUUAAGAAUAAAAAUAUUGAGAGAAAAAAUUAAA